CCGGACCCGGCGUCGCCAGCCUUCCCUCACCACCACACCUGCGCUCCAGGCCUAACGCACACCUACCGAGGGCCCCGCCGCAGCCCCGCGUGGAACGCGGAAUCCCAGCAGGUCCCCUCUCCGCACAGCCAGGUUUACCGCGGGCCUGGCCCAGCGGGCCGCUCUGGCCAGAAAACUUUCCCCUUCCAGGGCCACUCACUCCGAGGAGGAGUGGUCGGAAAGCUGAGAACGGCGGGCCGGGGCGGGGCCUGCCACCCAGAGUCCCCUGGCCCCGGACGUCACGGCCAGGUGCUUGCGCCCUCCCUCCUGCGCGGAAUUCUCCCGCGCAGAGCGAGCCUCCAGGCGCGCCUGCGGCUGCACGGUGCGGGAGCCCGCCACACCUGGGGACCUGGAACCGCCCCUCUAGGCAGGGCGAGGCGGAGGGGCGAGGACCUGCCGGGCAGGGCUGAGGGUGACUCGCCCGCACUGGGGAGCGGGCGGCGCUUAGCGGUGCCAGCGGCCGGAGGCGAGGGCGCAAUGGCGCGGAGCCCGGGACGCCCGUGCGCGCUGCUGCUGCUCCUGGUCUGCUUUAACUUUGGAAAUGGACUUCACUUUGAGGCCAUAAAUACAGGAAGUGAAGAUAAGCUGCUUCCCAGGCCUGCCCACGUGCGGGCCAAGAGGGCCUGGAUCACUGCCCCCGUGUCCCUUCGGGAGGGAGAGGACCUCUCCAAGAAGAAUCCAAUCGCCAAGAUACAUUCUGAUCUUGAAGAAACAAAUGGACUAAAAAUCACGUACAAAUUCACUGGAAAAGGGAUUACAGAGCCACCAUAUGGUAUAUUUGAAUAUAACAAAGACACUGGAGAAUUAAGUAUCACCAGGAUUCUUGAUCGAGAAGAAACUCCAUUUUUUGUGCUUACAGGUUAUGCUUUGGAUAGCAAAGGAAACAACGUAGAGAAACCAUUAAAUCUAAACCUCAAAGUUCUUGAUAUCAAUGACAAUGAACCAGUGUUCACCCAGGACAUCUUUGUUGGAUCCAUUGAAGAGCUAAGUGCGCUAAAUACUUUUGUGAUGAGAAUCAAUGCCACAGACGCGGAUGAGCCCAAUACCAUGAAUUCUAAAGUUUCGUACAGAAUCGUGUCCCAGGAGCCUGCCUCUCCUUCGGUGUUCUAUCUGAAUAAAGAUACUGGGGAGAUUUACACAACAGGUACCCUGGACAGAGAGCAAUACAGUACCUAUACUUUAAUAGUAGAAGCAAAAGAUGGAUAUGAACAAAAAACUGACAAACCAGUAAACCAGGCUCAAGUUCAGAUUCGUAUUUUGGAUGUCAAUGACAAUAUACCUGUACUGGAACAUGAAAUGUAUGAAGCAACAGUUGAAGAAAAUCAAGCCAAUGUGGAAGUGAUCCGCCUCAAAGUGUUGGAUGCCGAUGAAGUUGGCACUGAUAAUUGGUUGGCAAAUUUUACAUUUCUGUCAGGAAAUGAAGAAGGCUAUUUCCACAUAGAGACUGAUGCUCAAACAAACGAGGGCAUUGUGACCCUUGUGAAGGGAGUCGAUUAUGAAAAAGUGAAGAAUCUUGACUUCGUCAUUGCAGUCACUAAUAAAGCAGCUUUCCACAAGUCAAUUCGUAGUACAUUCAGGCCAACAGCCAUCCCCAUCAAAGUAAAGGUGAAAAAUGUGAAAGAAGGCAUCUAUUUUAAAAGUGACACAAUCCACGUCCAGGUUAGUGAAGGCAUGGAUACAACCAGUCAAAGCCGAACGCUUGGGAAAUUUCCAGUUUUUGAUGAAGACACUGGACAGCAAGCCCGUGUAACGUAUGUGAAAUUUGAAGAUAUGGAUAAUUGGGUUUCUGUGGAUUCUGCCUCAUCAGAAAUUAAACUUGUCAAAAGCCCAGAUUUUGAAUCUAGAUACGUGCAAAAUGGUGUCUAUGUUGUAAAAGUUCUGGCUGUAUCAGAAGACUUUCCUAGGAAAACCAUCACGGGCACCGUCAGUAUCAUGGUUGAGGACACCAAUGACAAUUGUCCCACACUGGUGGAGCCGGUACAGACCGUGUGCGACUACGUGGAGUUUGUGAAUGUGACGGCAGUGGACCUGGAUGGGCACCUCAACAGUGAUCCGUUCACCUUCUCCAUCGUUGACACACCUCCAGGAAUGGCAGAAAGAUGGAGAAUAGCACAGCAAGCAAGUACCAGCGUGCUGUUGCAGCAAACCGAAAAGCAGGUUGGGAGAAGUGAGAUUCAGUUUUUGAUUUCAGAUAGUAAGGGCCUCAGCUGCUCUGAAAAGCAGGUGCUGCAGCUCACAGUCUGUCAGUGUCAGCACGGCCUGGGCUGUGCGGAAAAGCGCUCCGACGCCUACGUGGGCCUGGGACCCGCAGCCGUCGCACUCCUGAUUUUGGCCCUCCUGCUCCUGCUACUUGUACCACUUAUGCUGCUGAUGUGCCAUUGUGGAGAGGGCGCCAAAGGCUUCACCCCCAUCCCUGGCACCAUAGAGAUGCUGCAUCCCUGGAACAAUGAAGGGGCCCCACCCGAAGACAAGGUAGUGCCAUCGCUUCUGGCUGUGGACCAUGGGGAGAACUUGGCAGUAAGAAAUGGUGUGGGUGGCAUGGUCACCAAGGAAGCCACCAUGAAGGGAAGUAGCUCCGCCUCCUUCACCAAGGGGCAGCAUGACAUGUCGGAGGUGGAUACGCGGUGGGAGGAGCACAGGAGCCUUCUUUCUGCGGCGCCUGCCCAGGUGACAGGGGCGGCAGGGGCCAGCCUGGGCACUGAGACCGUGAGGACCCUGAGAGCCACCGGCUCUUCCAGGGACUUGGCUGGAGCACGAGCAGCCGCCGUCGCAUUGAACGAGGACUUCCUGAAAAGUUAUUUCACGGAGAAAGCAGCCUCUUACACUGACGAAGAUGACGUGCGCCUGGCCAAGGAUUGCCUUCUGGUGUAUUCUCAGGAAGAAACAUCAUCUCUCCACGGCUCCAUUGGCUGUUGCAGUUUUAUCGAAGGAGAGUUCGAUGACCACUUUUUAGAUGACCUGGGACUUAAGUUCAAGACAUUAGCCGAGGUUUGCCUGGGUCAAAAAAUAGGGAUAGAGACAGAAACUGAGCAGAGGCAAAAGCCUGCCGCAGACACGAGAGUGAACACAGCUUCGUAUCCACUCUAUGAGCAAGCUGCAGUUAGCUCAGAGACUGCCCACUCCUCCGGCAGCAGCAGCGCUGUGCGUGAAGCACAUGCAGAAACUGUAACUCAGGAAAUAGUCACUGAGAGAUCCGUGUCUUCCAGGCAGGGUCAGAGGGCGGUGCCACCUCGCACUGAUCCCUUGGCUUCUAGUAAUAUCAUAGUGACAGAAACUUCCUAUGCCACAGGUGCCACUGUGCCACCAAGCACUGUCAUCCUGGCUCCCAGACAGCCCCAGAGCCUUGUGGUGACAGAGAGGGUGUAUGCCCCAGCUGCCUCAUUGGUAGAUCAGCAUUUUGCUAAUGACGGCAGUGUCACAGUCACUGAGAGAGUCAUUCAGCCUGGUGGGGGCAUACCCAACCCUCUUGACGGCCCCCAGCAUCUGCAAGAUUAUGUUAUGGUGCAGGAGCGAGAAAGCAUCCUUGCCCCCAAGUCAGGCGUGCAGCCCACGCUGGCCGUGCCCGUAGGACAGAAUGUGACAGUGACCGAAAGAGUGCUGGCACCUGCUUCCCUGCCGUCCAGUUACCCAGUUCCCUCGGCAGCCUCUGUCAUGACACAAAGGACCACAGGGUCUGCAGCUAGAGGCCCUGGCCCUCUUCCAAAUGCUGGCUUAGAAGAAUCUGGUCAUUCUAGUUCCACCAUGACCACUUCUUCCACCAGAGUCACCAAGCGUAGUACCGUCCGGCAAUCUUACUCCUGAGCAGCCAUCCGCCCUAAACUGACAUGGAGCUCAGCGGAUAGUGACUGAGCAUGUUUUCUAUAUGGCAAGCAUUUUCUAUAUGCCACGCCCUACAGAUGUGCAUGUCUGCACACAUUCUGCUUACACCUUGUCCCAGCCACUCAUGUGCCAUGAUAGGCCCUAUGUCUGUUUCCAGGAGCGUGUUUCAGAACUGCUCCAUGAUUUCCUGAAGACUCGGUGAUGAUGCUGUUUAAGUGCCUUUUAGUGAGUUUUGCACAGUAUUCUCAAGAAGUCAACAGAGAGGAAAUUGGGCACUUAAGAACUUAUCCUAUUAAUACUGGGUAUAUCUAAUUGGUCCGCCGACUCCAACAGCAACCCCAAGAACUGAUUAGAUCUGCUUGCAUUCUGUCCUUUGCUGCACCUAGCUGAUUAUCAGCAACUCAUUUGCCCAAAGAUGCAUGGCACAGUCUGGGCUAUGGGCUGUGCUGCUGGUUUUGCUUAAGUUCCUUUCAUUCUGAGUGAGAUGAAAUUCGGUGACAUUGAU